AUGAAGUCAAUCUUAAAAUCAAAAACGCAACCACAACCACAACUUUCAUUAUAUGGAAGAAUUCCUCAUAAUGUAUUAGCAAAUUUAUCUUUAUCCGCUUCUACCUCCACUAAUGACAAAGUUGAUGAUUUUGGAGAAGAUUCUGUUUGGAAUAUACCGAAUGAAGCUUGGGAGUGGAAUACUAUUGAGUCAAAAAAUUAUUAUCAACAAUCAUCAAUUAAUACUUCGUUAAACUCAAAUAUUUCUUCUGCCACUAUCACAACCACCAAAACUUCUUCAAUUACAACGCCAUCAUCAUCUGCAAUCAACAUCAAUAAUACCACUACUAUUUCCGAUCAAUUAUCUCCAUACUUGUUCUCUAUGUCGGACACUGGAAAUCAUCUUGUGAGUGCAACACCUGAUCUUUUUGUGGUUAUGGCUUUAGAUAAAGCCAGGAAAGAGUAUGAAGUUAUUGGAGAAUUUAAAGGACACUUUGAACGAGGGUAA